UCCUCUGCUCCCGGCACCACUCACUAACUCACUGUCAAACACGUUUCUCCUGUUUCUAGUUCUCCGACGAACCAAAUUGUACCGAUUUCCACCGGAAUUUCACAUCAUGUCGCUGGAAGAAACUGUUUACAAGUCUCCUCUGGAUAAACCGCUCUACCUACUUACCGAUGACGACAUUUCUCAGCUCACUCGCGAAGAUUGCCGACGUUAUCUUAAAGCUAAAGGAAUGAGAAAGCCGUCAUGGAAUAAAUCACAGGCGAUUCAGCAGGUGAUUUCACUGAAGGCGUUGUUAGAUACGACGCCGGACUCCGACACCGGUCAGCGGAAAAGGCGUCACAUUCCUCGCCCAGACACCAGUUUACAGCGAGUCCAGAAAGAAACGGGCAUCGAUGCAGAAUUUGCUGAAUCGGCUGAAGAAAUGGUGCCGUACGGUAGAAAACCUCCCAAUAAACCUGAUCUUUCCGGCAAUAAGGCUGCAGGUUCUGUUGCCGUUGUCAAUAACUUAACUCCUUCUAGAACCACAGAUUCGGGAAAUGCAUCAGCAGGUCAAUUGAUAAUCUUCUAUUGUGGCAAGGUGAAUGUGUAUGAUGAUGUACCUGCUGAAAAGGCACAAGCAAUCAUGCAUCUUGCUGCAAGCCCACUCUUUGUGCCUUCAGAAACUCCAUUGGAUGCUACCAGAGCAGCUCAACAUUCUGAAUGCCAUUUGCAACCUGCAAAUGUUAAAAUGGGUCCAGAUUCUCCUAUGGUGCUCAUGCCAACCAUGCAAACAGGGAGAAUAACUGAAGUGACUCGCCUUCAUUUGGAGGAAAGCAACACUUUCUAUGAGGACAAUUCUGAAGCAGUGAACCACGUAAGCAGAAAAGCAUUACUGGAAAGAUAUCGUGAGAAGCGGAAAGACAGGUUCAAGAGAAAGAUGGGAAUGCCUUCAUCUGCUAGCUUGGACUUCUAUUUGAACCAUCGAACCGGAAAUCAUACCCCAAGUGAGCUCUCAAGUAGGAGCAACACUUGUUCCCCGCCUGCUAUUAGAUUAUCUGUUGCACCUGCUCCAAGUGGUUCAAUGGAUAACAUUCUCCAAAUGGAUGCCAAUGCUUCUGGUUUUCUCGACGACAAAAAUGGUAAAGAGUGAAAACUGGGAUGAUGAGGAACACUCUUGCUUUCUAAUUUAUUUUCAUGCGCCAGAAAGUCUGGAAGGUAACAUCCUGUCCUAGCCUCUGCCUAGUUGAAUGACGAGGUGUUGGUUGUUCCUUGUGGAUCUGUGUUCAGAAGCACUUUGUAUUUAGUCUGUCAUCAUUCCGCAGGUAAAUGAAGAGAAUAGUAGUCAGGAAUAGUCCACUUGUCAUGCAAUGUUUUCUGAUUUCAGAAUCUUUUUGAAAGCCACCAGGCCUCAAGAGUCCCACUUUAGUGUAGAACUUUAGGCAGUUGAGUUUUUCCCUUUUGCUGGAACUGGUUCUCAAGGAGCUAACGUGGAACCCCUGUUGUAAUUAGUCUCGGCACUUUCCACUCUAACAAGACAGAUUAUUUUGGCUGAACAGUGGAAGUACUUGGGUUACCAAGGCAUAUUCUAGUUUUAUUUGGACUGAUUCUUAGGAAUAAUUUAAAUGCUUGACUUACUAAAAAGGUUUAAGGUUGGUUGGUUAGUAC